GUUAGCCUUGUGUUUUUUCGCUAACAAAACUACACUAUCUAUUACGUAGCAGCAAUCACAACUACACGUUGAAUCUAUAUCCCCAGAAAAACUGAAAAAAAAAAACAAAACACUAGAAACCAUAUACAAAGUACCUGGGAUGUUUAUUUUUAUGUAAACUCUUCUUCUUCGCCAUCAUUAUGAGUUGACAGUACACUUACCCAUCGGAUGAUGCGUCUAACUAUGCCAUUCAUUACCGUUUAAAACGAAGUCACCAUGUUCUGGACUCGUUCUAUCAGACUUUUCAGAUCACCUCGCGUCUUCUUAUCUCACUGUCAUUCGCGUAAAUUUUGCAGCUUUUCGCAGGACAAUGAUCCGGGUUCGUGGGAAUCGAUGGAGGGUCUUUCUCGUUGCUCUGCGAAUUUUGUUCCUUUAUCUCCCAUCACCUUCCUAGAGCGAGCAGCCAAGGUCUGCAGAGACAGAACCUCGGUCGUGUAUGGAUCUCUGCAGUAUAACUGGGGCGAAACCCAUCAACGCUGUUUGAAACUCGCUUCUGCUUUGACCCACUUGGGAAUUUCUCGCGGGGAUGUGGUUGCCACUUUAUUACCCAAUGUCCCUGCUAUGUACGAGGUACAUUUUGCUGUUCCAAUGGCUGGAGCCAUUCUAUGCACCCUUAACUCACGCUUAGAUGCAGCUAUGGUUUCAGUCCUUUUGGAGCAUUCACAAGCAAAGGUCCUUUUUGUAGACUACCAACUUCUUGAAGUCGCUAGGGGAGCUCUGAACUUGCUAGGCAAAAAACCUAGAGAAUUGCCGAUUUUAGUUCUAGUUACCGACUCAGAUUGUCCAUCUACAUUUGACAUUACAUCAGUUAGUUAUGAGUAUGAGCGGCUUCUGGCAGAUGGGCACAGUAGUUUUGACAUAGUGAGACCCCAUAGUGAAUUGGAUCCUAUAAGUAUAAACUACACCUCAGGUACUACAUCUAGGCCUAAAGGAGUUGUCUAUAGUCACAGGGGUGCUUAUCUUAAUUCUCUAGCAACUGUUCUACUCUUCAGAAUGGACCUUUUUCCUGUUUAUCUUUGGAGUGUUCCAAUGUUCCACUGCAAUGGGUGGUGCUUACCUUGGGGAGUGGCAUCACAAUUUGGGAUCAAUAUAUGUGUUAGGAAGGUCUCUCCAAAAGACAUUUUUGACAAUAUAGCUCAGCAUAAGGUGACACACAUGGGAGGAGCACCAACAGUGCUGAACAUGAUUGUGAACUCUGCAUUGACCGACCGAAAACCACUCAAUCAGAAAGUGGUGGUGAUGACAGGAGGUUCACCUCCACCGCCACAGAUCCUUGACAAGAUGGAGGAGAUUGGCUUUAGCAUCUCUCACCUGUAUGGCCUCACAGAAACGUAUGGUCCAGGCACUUUCUGUGCUUGGAGACCUGAAUGGGACUUGUUACCCCACGAAGAUAGAUCAAAGAUGAAAGCCAGGCAGGGGGUGCCCCAUGUGGCUUUGGAGGAAAUUGAUGUGAAAGAUCCUGUCUCAAUGGAAGGUGUUCCAUCUGAUGGAAAAACAAUGGGAGAGGUAAUGUUUAGAGGGAACACAGUGAUGAGUGGAUAUUUUAGAGAUUUGAAAGCAACGGAAGAAGCUUUCAAAGAUGGGUGGUUUCGUAGUGGGGAUCUAGCUGUGAAACACUCUGAUGGUUACAUAGAAAUCAAGGACAGGUUGAAGGACAUAAUAAUCUCUGGGGGAGAGAAUAUUAGCUCUGUUGAGGUAGAGACUGUUUUGUAUAGCCAUCCAGCAAUUCUUGAAGCUGCAGUUGUUGCCAGGCCAGAUGAUCAUUGGGGCCAAACUCCUUGUGCUUUUGUGAAGUUGAAAGAGGGUUUUGAUGUAAAUGCUGAAGCCAUAAUAAACUUUUGCAGGGAACAUUUGCCGCAUUACAUGGCUCCUAAAGCAGUCGUUUUUCAAGACAUUCCAAAAACUUCAACUGGGAAGAUACAGAAGUAUGUUCUGAGGAAGAAAGCCGAAGCUUUGGGCAGCCUUUCUAGAUCCCAUGGCUGUGAUAAAUUGUAGUUAAACGUUCAAGAUAAUGAAGCGAAUAAUAACAAUAAUAAUAAAUUGGGAAGAGGUUCUGCAAGAAA